AAAAAAACUUUUAUCCACUAAAAUUGAUUGAAAUCUCAUUUUAAUUAAAUGACAUAACAUCAGACACGUCCGCAGAAAAGUACAUCGUAGAAAAAGGUUAUUUCAAAUCUCUGAAAAUUGUUCGACCUGUACUCCCCUCCAGGUAUUUCAAUUUUUUGCGGGGAGGGGGGAUCGAUCCCACCUCUGUGGACGUCCCUGCAUAACAUACCAAUUAAUAGUUUUAGAGAGAAUCUUUCUAAAUGAUAAGAUGAUUGAAAAUCAGAAACACUAUUAAUAUGAUAGUUAAGAGAUUCCUCUUAGAAUAAUAUAAUUGUAUUGUAUUUUUAUAGACAACACGCGGAACAGAUGAUCCUAUUGAUCGGUAUUCACGUGGUUACGAUGCAUCAUUGGAUCCGUUUACUAAUUUUACGAAACAAGAAAAACAAAAGAAAUAUGAAUCACUUAAAAUUCAUGAAAAAUUUGCUUUAAACUUUGCUAAAUUUAUUCUCUCAUCACAUCAAAGUCGAACAUUUUUUGUCAUUUAUUUUAUUCUCGUUCAUAUUCUUAUCUUUCUUUCUCUUUAUAAAAUGGUUCAUGUUGGUUCAUCCGUACGUGAUAUGACACAAGUUUGUUUUGAUAAAUUUCGAGAACAUAUGGCAGGUGUACAUGGAGAAAAGAAUUUUCAUUUUGAACAUGGUCAUGCUCAUGCUCCACCAGGUGUCGUUCCAGCUGCAGCACCACCACCUCAUCGAUAG